AUGAUGGAUAAUGAGAACCUGACGCAAUCACGAGCGCCUGCCCGCACACGCAUACCCGCCGCUGGGCUCAGAGAAAUGAGCUCGGCUAAUACUAAUUCGCGGUCAGGCAUCCUGCCACCUGGCUCAAUCGCUAAAACAUCGUCGCAACCGACUCGUCCGAGGAGUACCACACAAGGCGCCGAGACCACCAGAACCAGAGCAACGUCCACGACCUUGUCAGGAAAACCUCAUACUCGUGUUAAUUCCCAUGCAACGACCACCGUGACUAGAUCCGCGUCUAAUGCUUCACGAACUACCAAAGCGUCCCACGCCACCGGAUCCAGUACGCGACCGCACUCGGCAUUAUCACGCCCUCAGACUUCGCUUGCCGGCGCCCGGAGGCCCAAUGGCCAUACAAUUGCCCGCCCAGCAACUUCGUUGGAUACCCAUAAUGAGGAAGAUUCAAGCAUCUUGGGGAAGAGAAAGGGUAGGCGACCAUUUUACUUUGAUUCCCCUAAUUUUGCAAUUUUCGCGGCCCCAUCGUUAUCAGCAAGCAUGCAUGAACGUGUCGCACAGGUUCGGUCGGGAGCUCAGUCGUAUUCUUCUGAAGAGGAUGAAGGAUCCUCGCGCCCUGACCGACGUGAUGCUUUAGAUCCGUCAACCAUGGGCCCUCUCCCCGCCAGGAUGCUGGACCCAAAGACCUGCCCAACGCAUAGGCCAUUCGUUCCCCUUGGCUUAAAUACCCCUACUACGCCCACUCCAUCAUGCAAGCUCCCAUCACCAUCUAAACAUUCCUCAAAGAGGAAACCUCCCCCCGUGCCCCAGUUCCUGACCAAAAAUUCCAUGAUCACCUCUUUUAACUGCUCUACAGGCGCCGAGUGGGACCAAGAAACACGCGAGAAGACGAUGGAGGAGUUCUUCAACGCCUUUGUCUCCCGAGUAAGUCAGGCUGGCCAAGAGAGUUUUGGACUCAAAGAAACAGUGGAGCUGUAUAAAUCAAGAGUGAACGAGCUCGAACAGUCGCGAAAAGAUCUUACCGAGGCAAAUCUGGCCUUGCGCGUCGAACUCGAAUCAGUGAAGGCUCGCAUAGGAACAGCAGAAGGCGCUUUACAGGAGGCCCAGAGAGAACAUGAGCUCGCGAUAGAUGAGUUCAGUUCUCAGCAACGGAUUGAAGUCGAGACUGUGAGAGUUGAUAGCAAGAAGAAGAUACAGACCAUAACUGCGCAGCAUGAAGACCAACUCUCCGAAUUGAGACGGCGCUUCGAGCGUGAAAUGGACGACGAAAAAGCCUCGCGACUCCGUGAAAUCAACCAACUUACAUCUCAGACCGCCCUAGAUGCACAACACUCACAGAUUGAGCUGGACAGGAAAGAUCGGGAAAUCGCCUCGCUCCAGAACGAUGUGCAAGCCCUGCGACAAGAGGUUGAGCAGGAGCGCAAGAGCACCCAGGGUCUCCGGCAGAACCUGGACACAGCUAGCAGCAAUAGCGUGACUCUAGAGUCGUCGAUUCGCGCGCUCAAGGCUCGAAUCGAAUUCCUGGAAUCCGGUCGCGAGGAGCAAUCUCAAGCGUUUGAGCGGUUGAAUCAGCAAAUGAUGGAUGCCCUGGCCGAGACCAACGCCACCAAGGACAAGUUGCGGAAGGAGGAGACCCUCCGAAGGAAAUUACACAACCAGGUUCAGGAGCUCAAGGGCAACAUCCGUGUCUUCUGCCGUGUCCGACCCUCUUUAGAGACGGAGCCGCAGACGGGCGUGGCUCAGAUUCAAUACCCCGAUGCAUCAGAGGAAUGCAAGGAGAUUAAUGUUAUGGGACUGGAAGAGAAGAGCAGCCUGGGCGUCAUUACCAAGAAAAAUAACGGCUUUGCCUUUGACCGGGUAUUCGGACCAUCUACCCAGAAUGCGGAGGUAUUCGAUGAGAUCAGCCAGCUUGUCCAAAGUGCGCUUGAUGGGUACAACGUGUGUAUUUUCUGCUAUGGACAGACCGGUAGCGGUAAGACCUACACUAUGUCUUCGUUGGAUGGCAUGAUUCCACGGGCUGUACACCAAAUCUACGAGACUGCUACUGGUCUCAAAGAAAAGGGUUGGAGGUAUACGAUGGAAGGAAACUUCGUGGAGGUGUACAAUGAGAAUCUGAACGAUCUUUUGGGCAAGGCAGAGGAGUUGGACAAGAAGAAGCACGAGAUCCGGCACGACAUGCAACGAGGCAAGACGAUCAUUACAGAUGUUACCACUGUGCGCUUGGAUUCGCCCGAAAUGGUCGAAAGUAUCCUCAAACGUGCUGCGGCCAAUCGUUCGGUCGCUGCUACAAAGGCCAAUGAGAGAUCAUCGCGGUCUCACUCCGUCUUCAUCCUGAAGCUCAUCGGCGAGAAUGACAUCACCGGCGAGCGCAGUGAGGGGACGCUCAACCUGGUGGACUUGGCCGGUAGUGAGCGACUGAGCCACAGCGGUGCAACUGGCGAGCGGCUGCGGGAAACGCAGAAUAUAAACCGCAGUCUGAGCUGCUUAGGAGAUGUGAUUGCCGCAUUGGGACAGGGCAAGGAUGGUGGACACAUUCCCUAUCGCAACAGCAAACUCACCUACCUCCUCCAAUUCUCCUUAGGAGGAAAUUCGAAGACGCUCAUGUUUGUCAUGGUCAGUCCGCUGCAGGCACACCUGGCCGAGACCUUGACCAGUCUCAAGUUCGCCACGAAGGUGCACAACACCCACAUUGGGACAGCCAAGCGACAAGCGCGCGUUCGUGAUUGUUAA